AUGUUUGUUCGCAAUGUUGCAGUUUGGGCUGUGGCUCUAAGUGUUACCGUUUCGACGGUUUUGAGCGAGAGUGCUGUUGGUGAAAAAGUCGCGAGAGCUGAAGGAGAUGAUAGCAUAGCAAAACGUUUUUUGUUUUCCACAAACCCCAAUGAUUCAAAUGGCCCUUCUCUAGCCGACCUCUUUGAUUCAGAUGGAGAUGAGGAUGAUGACUCGAUCUCUGAAUUUAUUUCGCAUUUGCUCGGGGGUAACGGUGGAAACUCUGGCUCGGGAGGUGGUUCUGGCAACAACAAUCCAGGAGGGAACAAUAACCCAGGGAAUAACAAUCCGGGAGGCUCGGGCAACAACAAUCCAGGUAAUAACAACCCGGGGAACAACAACCCUGGCGGGAACAACAAUCCAGGAGGGAACAACAAUCCAGGUAAUAACAAUCCGGGGAACAACAAUCCGGGGAACAACAACCCAGGGAAUAACAAUCCAGGUAAUAACAAUCCGGGGAACAACAACCCAGGGAACAACAAUCCGGGGAACAACAACCCAGGGAACAACAACCCAGGGAACAACAACCCAGGGAACAACAACCCAGGGAACAACAACCCAGGAGGGAAUAACUCCCCUGGAGGCUCAGGUGGCAAUACUCCUGGCAACUCCGGAAGCGGAGGAUCGAAUGGAUUCCCCAACUUCCCUGGCUUCCCUGGCUUCCCCGGCUUCCCCGGCUUUGGAAAUAGCGGAGGCUCAAACAAUAACCCAGGAAACAAUGGAGGUGUUGGGAAUGGAGGGUCAAAUGGCUUUCCUGGAUUUCCAAACUUCCCCGGCUUCCCUGGUCUUGGAAACGGUGGUGGUUCAAACAACAAUCCAGGGAACAAUAAUCCAGGGAACAAUAAUCCAGGUAACAAUGGGGGAAAUGGAGGAUCAAACAAUGGAGAAUGGUCCCCCUAUACUCCACUUAUCCAAUUUCUACGAGGCGAAGGAGCCAAUUCAGCUUAUGCUUCCCAAUUUUUAAACAGGUUAGAUGCUGCCGCCGUUUCCGCCUUUCUACGUAGAGCUGGAUUUGCUUCUCUCGCCGAGUUUCAACAGGAGGCUGCUGCAGGUCUAAUCUCAAUUGGCGACUUCCUUACCUUUUUGGAUGCACUCUCACGCUAUUACUUCUUACAAUUAUUGGGGUUUCCGUUUAUCAUUGGCUUUCCAAAUCCACCUGUAUCUCCAAGUGCAACUAGUUCACUAGCUAUAGCAACCCCAAUUACGAGCGUUGGUCUUAUUGGAGGUACUACGACUACGACUACGACUACGACUACUACUAGUACGAUACCUACGUCAUUCAUUCUUCCUGGUCCUUCAACUUCAUCUACCCGAACUUCCUCGACACGAGCAAUCAUCGGCGGCCCUUCCACUUCCUCGACGAGAGCAAUUAUCGGAGGUCCUUCUACCUCCUCAACUCGUCCAAUCGUUGGGGGUCCUUCAAGUAGUAGCAGUACAAGAAAUGGUCUCGGAGCUUCAACUUCCUCGACACGAGCAAUCAUCGGCGGCCCUUCCACUUCCUCGACGAGAGCAAUUAUCGGAGGUCCUUCGACUUCAUCCUCUACAUCACGAAAUAUUAUUGGAGGUCCUUCGACUACAUCUACUAGACCCAUAGUUGGUGGUCCCUCGUCUUCCUCCACCACCCGUAAUAUUGUGGCCAGCCCAUCCUCUUCAUCUACUCGAAACGUUAUUGGUGGGCCUUCAUCAUCUUCCUCAACCAGAGCUGUUGCUGGUCCUUCAACUUCAAGUACAAGAUCAUCUACUUCCACUAACUUGAUAGCAACUUUCAGAACAUCUAGCAGUAGUUCAUCAUCGAGCUCUCCCCGGGUUUCCACGCAAGGACUUGGUGCAUCAUCCAGCUCUAGUUCCUCAACACGAUUUAAUGUGGUACCCACCACAUCCACAACUCGUUCAAGCUCUAGCUCAUCAUCAACGCGGAUCAAUCUUGUAGUGACGAGCUCUAGUUCCUCGUCAACACGAGUGAAUGCCUUGUCAACAAGUUCUUCGGUCCGUUCCAGUACUAGCUCCUCGUCAUCUUCAUCCCGCACUUCUGCCUCGGCUGUUGGUCUUGGUGCUAGUUCUACUACAUCGCGGUCAUCAUCUUCUUCUCGAAGUACCACAGCCGUGGGCCUUGUGGCAAGCUCCACUUCAACUAGGACAUUAUCUUCCUCUUCCUCCUCUCGUAGCAGUACCACAGCCGUAGGCCUUGUGGCAAGCUCCACCUCAACCAGGACAUCAUCUUCCUCUUCCUCCUCUCGUAGCAGUACCUCGGCUGUAGGCUUAGGGGUUAGCUCGUCAUCUUCUAGGUCAUCGUCAUCUUCCUCUUCCUCACGUAGCACUACUUCAGCUGUAGGCUUAGUAGCUAGCUCUUCAUCUUCUAGGUCAUCGUCGUCUUCUUCUUCCUCUUCCUCUCGUAGCACCACUUCAGCUGUAGGUCUAGCGGCAAGUUCUACUUCAUCUCGGUCAUCUACCUCAAGUAGUAGAUCUUCAACUCUUUUGGCCGUCGUUAGCUCUAGUACUAGCCGGUCAUCUUCUUCCAGUUCACGCACCUCGUCUUCAACCCAAUUGGGUCUCGGUGCUACAACCAGUACCUCAAGAUCCACUACACUUUUCUCAUCCACCAGAACUUCAUCCUCCAGCUCCGUCAGCCCAACUACGAGUGCCGCUUCUGGUUUAUUAGUCUCACCCAAUGGAAGAUGCGGACCUCAAUCUAAUUCCUUAUACACGUGCCAAGGCAGUCCUAAUGGAAAUUGUUGUUCGAGAUUUGGAUACUGCGGUCAUGAAGCUGAUUGGUGUACGGGUGGUUGCAAUCCCGCAUUUGGAACUUGUGGACUGGGGCAGUACCAAGGAUUGACGACUUCGAGUAGUUCAACCGCUGUGGGCCUUGCUGGAACUUCUAGUUCCACUUCUAGAUCAUCAUCUAGCUCUAGAUCUUCCACGUCAUCCCCUGUCGCCCAAGGAUUAAGCACCAGUUCCACAAGAGCAGCUACACUAAGUACCAGUUCAACUGCACGACUUGUCGGAACCUCUAGUUCGACUUCUAGAUCUUCUUCAUCAACGGCUUUGGGCCAGGGAUUAAGUACUAGCUCAACGCGAGCAACUACUUCGAGCUCUAUUUCCACGGCACGACUUGUCGCUGGAACUUCCAGUUCUUCUUCCAGCUCGAGUGCACGACUUAUUGGUACUUCCAGUUCCACUUCUAGAUCAUCGUCAACAUCGGCUGUGGGUCAAGGUCUAAGUACCAGUUCAACAAGAGCAGCUACUUCGAGUACCAGCUCAACAGCAAGGCUCGUGGGAACUUCCAGUUCUAGUUCGAGUUCCAGGUCUUCAACAUCGUCCGUUGUCGGUCAAGGAUUGAGCACUAGUUCAACAAGAGGAUCCACCUCAUCAUCUAGCACAAGACCAAUCGCCGCCACUGUUAGCACAAGCUCAACACGCUCAUCCACAGCCGUCGCUGCUUCCGCUAGCGCUUGUAGACCAGUCGCAGCCCCUGCAGCAACCCUCGCCUUGACCGCAACUGACUGCUGUCAAUACUACAUCACCAGAGCCGGUGACACAUGUGCCAGCAUUGCCGCUCGUCCUGGUAUUCCUGGCUUGAAUCUCGCUGUUCUUGCUCUUCUCAAUCCAAACUUGAGAUGUGUAGGACAAGGCCCUCAAGUCGGUGUCGCCGUCUGUGUUCUAAAUAUCCAAUUAUCCAUCGUAGGCAACCUGGUGUCACCUGGUGAAUCCUCAACCGUAACAUCUUCGACUAUCGCAACUCCAAGUCCAUCUCAGGCAAUACCUCAAAGCUUCUUUAUCCAGGCUCAAAAUUCUGGAACUGUAGCUGAUGGAACCAGUCUUAUGAUUCAACAAGCUGCGGAAUAUUUUGCUGGCUUUAAUUUAGAAUAUGGUCAAUCGGUUUUCCCAUUUACGUAUGAUACUGAUACUGGAUACUUGACAUCGGGUCUAUAUAUCCUAUGGGCUACAGCAUCAUAUUCACCUCCAUCCAUCAAGGUGGCUCCAGUUGGUUUUACCGGAUGGGUAGUUCCGGCUUGGCCAUUAGUUUGUAGCAUAGAUGGCAACCUGAAGGUGACAUGUACGGCCAAUGGAGAUCUCUAUGGGAAAUUUUACCUCAUAAAUGCAAACAAUGACGGACAAACUGAACUCGCUAUUGGAAAUGGCGCAACAACAAGUUCAAUCAUCGUUGCGCCAGUUGACCUCUACCUUGUUGCCAAUGAGGAGGAGGAUUAG